GUGAAUUCUUCGGCCCUGGAUCGGGAGAUGGAAAUAGACGCAGCCUCCCACCAAUGUGUCUUCUGCUAUCGGUUGAAUAAACGCCUUUUUACGGUGCCAACGGAUCCGGAAUCGGCCUGCCCCGUUUGCAAAACCCCUCGAGCUGAAAAACCUCCUGAAACCCUGGUGGAGCCAGCUUUUGUCAGAGUCAGCUUCCCGAGAGCUACCUUCCUCCCCACAUAUAAACACAAAAUCCAUCGACGGAAAAGCUACGAAAUGGAGGACAAUUUGGCCCUGCCCUCGCACUGCCUUGCUGGUUGGGAGAACCCCAUCCGAGUGUCCACCCCCAUCGUCAGCAGCCUAGAUCUACAUUCAUCUCUGGAUUCUCAGUGUCCAUAUCAGAAUUCUGUCUCUCGGGUGGCAGGCGGGACGAGGACGGACGAGCUGCUUGACCGCUCUCGAGUGGUGGAAUUCGAACUCGGCAGCGCCCCUCGGAAGCAGGGGGACCCCAACGUCCACUGGAACAGUUGGCAGCCCUGGGUGUGCAUGUGCCAACUUCAGAAGCAGGCCCGCAUACGGCACUUUGCCGUCUGGGGUGUCAACGUGUCGCUCGACCUGAAGACCUCGGAGUUUUGGCAGGAGAAACCCUGCUCCUUAUACGACUGCAGCCUUUGCAGGUCAGAAGACUGCCCGGGCGACGUGGCUGGAUCCGGCUUCCUCUCUCGGUUUCAGAGCCUCUCUUCCCCCAGACCCCACGAAGUGAAGAUCCCUCUUCCUCCCCAUCUGGAUUUCCCCUCCUACGACAGCCUCCCCAUUAUAGACGACAAAGAUGGGGAGUAG